AUGGCAAGGAGCAGAGGAGAGGAGCAGCCGGGAGGAGCGGUGCGGAGCGCUGAGGAGCUGCGAGAAGCACUGGGCCGAGACUCCUCGCGCGGGCCGACUAAGCGCUCUGCUUCCCCGCCCUCGGCCGCGCUGUUUCCGGGGCGGGCACGGCCUCUCCAGCCCACUUUCCAGUGGAACACGAGCUCUUCCGGGGCAGGCACCAAGAGAGGGGGAGGAGGAGAGCGGGCGCUUCCCGGCGGAGAGGCGGAGAUGGUGCCGGGCGAGGCGGCGCCGCCCGGGCCGGGCUCGCCGCGGGGCAGCGCCGAGGGUGCCGCGGCGGGUAGGAAGCAGCGCGCGGCCGCCCGCAGGAAGGCCUUUUCCCUGUUCGUCAAAGCCAAGGAGGUGCCGGCCGCGUCGCGGGGUCCCGGCGGCGGAGAGGGCGUGCGGUGGCGGUGCUGCCGGCAGGCGUUCGAGGAGCUGCCCGGCAUCCACAGGCACGUGGCUCUGCACCACUCCGGAGACGUCGGGCGGCAGGCGGGGCUCGGAGCGGGGCCGGCUGAGGCCGCAGGCAGCCCCGCGGGCGGCCCGGCGCCGGCGGGUAGCGCGGCCCGGCCGAGCCCGGAGAUCUCCUGGGCGCUCCCGGACACAAGCCACGUCAGCCGUGAUGAUCUGACAAGCCAGGUGGGAGAUGUACUUCUCUAUUACUGUUACUGUGAGGUGAGGGAUCCGGAGAAACUCUGUGCUUGGCAAAAGGCUUUGUGUCAGCAUCUGCAUCUCACUGGCAAGGUACGAGUUGCUUCAGAAGGGAUUAAUGGGACAGUUGGUGGAAGCAAAGUAGCUACCAGUCUCUACAUUAAAGUUAUGCUUUCCCAGCCUCUGUUCAAAAACAUUUUGUGUCAAGAGGAUUUCAAGAGCAGUGCAGGAGGAGCUCAUUGUUUCCCAGAUCUUCGAGUUGGAGUAUUCAAAGAAAUUGUACCUAUGGGCAUUGAUCCAAAGAUACUGUCUUAUAAGGAAACUGGAAUCCAUUUAUCCCCUCAGGAAUUUCAUAGAGAAGUAGAACAGUAUUUGUCUCAGGCCACUCAAGGACAAAGCGAUACCAUCUUGCUGGACUGUAGGAACUUCUAUGAAAGUAAAAUAGGACAUUUCCAGGGCUGUCUGGCUCCAGAUAUCAGGAAGUUCAGCUAUUUUCCAAUCUACGUAGAUGAAAACCUGGAGCUUUUUAAAGACAAGCGUGUCCUAAUGUACUGCACAGGAGGGAUUCGUUGUGAAAGAGGCUCUGCUUAUCUCAGGAGCAAGGCAGUGUGCAGAGAGGUUUACCAGCUAAAAGGUGGAAUUCACAAGUACCUAGAAGAGUUUCCAGAUGGAUUCUACAGGGGGAAGCUGUUUGUAUUUGAUGAUCGUUACGCCAUUUGUUCCAAUGAAGAUAUCAUCUCAGCAUGCCGAUACUGUGGGGUGCUGUGGGACCAAUAUAAACUUUGUUCCAGUCAGCACUGCCGGCAGCUUGUCCUGACAUGUCCAAGUUGUUGCAACAAAGGUCUUACAGCUUGCUGUCCUGUUUGUCAAGAGAAGGAGCUCAAGGUAACUUCAAGGGCUUCAGGACAGAUACUUAAGGAGGAAUGUGAAUGUACAAGGAGACGGCCAAGGGUACCAAUUGAACAUGUUCCAUCAAGGAUGCUGGACACAGGAAAAGAUUAAGCUGUUUCAUUGGUUAAUCUGGCAUGUGCUCAUGUAAAGGGCUUCUGUAACCAGAUCUCUAUCUGUUAAUCAGUUAGGUUUGGAAAUUAUGAAAAUGUGUCGGCUUGGAAAGUUUUGUUCAUAUGCUGCCUUUAAACAUAGAAUAUGCCCUGAAAACCAUCCAUUACUUGCCUGUAAAUUACCAGAGUGCCCGAUUCAUCACUAGCACUACAGGACUCCUCUCUCUGGGUGCAGUCUUGUAGUGUGGCCUUUAUCAUGGGGAUUUUGGAGCAGAGUAUCUGCAGUGUGACAGAGCUGCUCACAAUUCAAAAGAAACUGAAGGAAUUCAAGAACAAUUCCAUUUUUUUCUUCCUGCAUGGAGAUCAACCUUUCUGACCUCUCCAAGGAUCAUGCAUCUGCUUCAAUAGCUUGUAGUAAGGUGUGCAAACAGCAGGUUUAUCAGUUUGGUGUGGGUAUGUGACCAAAUUAGAUCCUGAAGAUAUAUUCCACAUGCAUGCCAUCAACCUGCAUCUCUUGCUUUAUAGCAGUGAGAAGCAAGGUGAUGUUACCUGAAAUUACUGGCUUAACUCCUGUAAAACUGGCUGAAAGCAGCAUAAGGAACUGGAGCAAAGGCCCGGAGACACUGUUUGCCUAGCCAUACUUGUGUGAUGUGUAGGAUGAACAGCAAAUCCAAUCUUCUCUCCAGUGCUCAGUCUCCCUGGGAACUGUUAUUUCUCCUCAGCUUGUCAGUGUAUGAAAUAGGCAGGGCUCAGCUCUGCUUGCACUAAAAAAAACUAACAGCUUGAACCAUGUUAAAACAAGCACACAAAGAGGGGAGCACAGAGACUGUCAAAAUACCAGCAUCAUGGCACUGGAAGUGAUGCAUGUGUGCAUAAAUAUCAGCAACAGCUAUGAGGAGACGUCAAGAUCCUUUAUCCAGGUUAAAUAAUUCAAGAUCUGGGAAGCAUUUGUGCUUUUUAAACAUGAGUUGAGUUUUUUAAAAACUGAAGAUGUUUAUGCAAUUUCCAGCACUUGUUAGUGGAGGAAUUGUCUUUGAAGGGAUCUACUGCAAGUGAGCUUAAAAUACUGCUCCACGUGCUGUAUUGUGUGCCUGAUGCUGUCGAAUGUACAGAAAGGAUUUAUUAAUAGCGCGGAAGAUGUGUCUUGACUGAAAAAUGUCUUUGAAAUUUACUGUCAUUCUGGGAACUAAACAGUGAGUCAUUAGGACAUCAAAGUCACUAGGUUUGGGGUUUUUUACUGGCAAAUGCUUUUAAAGGCGAGAAAAUAGUUUCUUAAGUUUCUGCAGUUGCUUAAUGACAGGGCCAUUUUAUUUGCAUAUGGAUUGUACCUUUCUCCCAUGGUGCUAUUAAUUCAGCAAGGCCUCACUGUUAGCUUGACUAGCAAGUUAAAUACAUGGGCAUUGGUUCCAUUAAAGCCAUGACAAACAUUUCUUCUUGCUUCCAGUAUUGCUACCAUGAAAUCAACGGUUCACCAGCUGUCCUCACGACAAUUCCAUUAACAAGGCAAAACCCUGGAGCUUAGGAGUGUUUCCUUUGGGAAUCUUUCUAGGAUAGUAUUUAAUAGUAAAUCUGUGAACAACCCACCCUUGAGAAGAAAUUAGAAAAUUCCCAUCAGUAGGCACCUUAAGCAGGAGUCUGAGCAGUGCCAGUGUCUCCCUGGCUUCCCGGUCCCCGCUGGCUGGUUAACCUCUGUGGUUUUGAGGACUGGAGUAUUUGUGAAGAAACAUGCAAGUUCUACUUGCAAGUCUGGUCUAAAGCACUGAUGGGGAGUGCCCCAUGAUCUUCCUGUGUUAGGCUAAAAAGAACACAAUUUUGUAAUUCAGUCUAUCAGCAGGUCUGGAACACUGUAAUCAAUUUGUAAUGCUGUUUCUGUAUCACUUAUCAGUACAGGAUGGCAACAGCUUUAUUUUAUAUGUAAAUUUCUGAAACAUCUAUGAUAAAUAACCUUUAGUGCUUCCAUUAUAAUUUUUUAAGUACUGCACAAAUACACUUCACAAACUAUGGUGGAGGUGCUUAAUUCUGCAGAGAUAAACACUGAAAGUAGCUAGUCUGACACAUGGUAGACCUGGCUACAAGGUACAAUUCUGAGAGCUCCUCACAGCUGGAGAUUCUACCUCAAAGGCAGAGGGGAGCCAUGAGGCCUCUCCUGGUCCUUGCUGCAAUAAGGUAAGGGAGGAGAAGGAUUUGAGAUGUACAGAUGGAGUCCCAAAAAGCCAUGUUCUCUCUGCUGCAGGGAGCAGAGAAGAGGAUAAGAGACCGUUUUAGCCUGUUUUUUGCAAGUUAGCCCAUAAAGGGCUCUCUGUCCUGUUUUCUGGGUUUGUUUUGUCAGAUUAAUACAAAUAAGGACUUGCCAUGUGAAAAGCUAUGUGGUGGCAUCCAGGCAUCUCAGUGGUAAUGCCUGAGAGAAGGCACAUGUGCUCCAGGAGAGGGAAGAAUUUUCAGCUGGAUGGGCUGCAGUCACCAGAUGGCUUUUCCUCCCUUUUCCCUGGGAGCUGCUGGGCCAGAUUUGCAAACAAGGAUACAUUUGCUCCUAAGUAUCACCAUUUUGUAGCUCCAUUGCUGCGCAGCUUAUAGCCUUUCACCACACAGCCUGAUGCUUCAGCACUGCCUGUCUCUGCUGCACCACCCUCAGCUGUCAGAUGCAUCCUGCAGCAAAACAGCUCUGUGAGGAUCAGCCAGGGAACCUGGGAUGAUCCUGACAGCUUCAUAUACCUUUGGGCUGCAAGGUUAAUGUGGAUGCUGCUACAGUGAAACACAGGACAAAGUUCUUAUCUUUUUUUUUUUUUUUUUUUUUUUUUUUUUUUUUUUUUUUUUUUUUUUUUUGUUAAGGGCUGUAGUAGUAUGCUUGUGGUAGUGCUCCCUGGUCUGCAGAUGCAUCUCCGUGCAUGUCUGUGCUUCUUAGUACCACCAGGUCUUUCCAAGAUAAGAGUCAUUUACCUUCUGAAACCAAGGGAAGAGCUGAGCCUGUGUCAUGCAAAUCUAUGAGUAGAUGGCUCAGCUGAAAGUGAGCCAUCAGAGCUCUAAUUUGAUGAUUCAGUUGGCCAUUUCAAAGUCUUCACAGUGCACAUAGAAGGAAGUACUUUUUAAAGUCUGCCAGUUUUUUCAUUUUAAUAUGUUUUCAAGUAUUUUUAUUCCACAUUCAUUUUCUCAUACAGAACUUGCACAGUGGAGGAAACAAGCUAUGGUGAAGCAUUUUAUAUGACACAUUUAUUAAGAUUUGGAGAGCAACAAGUAUGUUUCCCACAUUGCUGAAUAGUGUUCUCUGCUUCGCUGGUCAGAGCUAAAUCAUCAGCAGUGUUUGUUCACAAUCUCUGGAGAAAUCUCUGGGACUUUUGCCAGAAUAUAUGUAAAAGGCUGAAAAACUUCACUCUCUAACAGACAUUUAGAGGUAGACUUCUAUCAAGAGAGAACAUUUUCUAGGAUGUGUCUUCUGCCCAAGAUUAAGGUUUCAGUACAGCAAUGCUUUUUCCAUGGAGACUUCUUACUGAGCAGGAUCCCACCCACAUUAACAGUGGGAGUUUUGGAUGUGCUGGGUCCAGUCUACUGCAGGUCUGGGAGACCCACAAGCCUGUGGGGAAUUCCUCCCAGGUUAGAUGAUGAGUGUACACUGACAAAAAGCUGUGAGAUCAUACGUAGUGUAAGUUCAGAUUUGGGGUAUUUCACUUCACAGCUUUAGGGCACAACAUUUAUUCUUGCAUUUAUGUGGACAUAAGGGACAGCAGUAAUUCCUAGCAGAACAAAAUUUAGUUAAUGGACAUGGUCAUCUAGACAAAACAGCAAAGGGAGAGAAUUUGACCUGUCCGCAGUGAAUAUCUGGACAAACGCUUUUAACACUAGGAAACUGAAGGAGUCGGGAGUAGAAGAGAAGGUUCUCAUUUGCUGAUUAGUUUGGCCAUCUCUGGGGAUUAGGGUUUGCAUCACACCUCUAAGAAUGACUGCUUCCUUCACAUGUGCAUGGGAUUGAAGGAUAUUCACCCAUCUAAACCACUUGAUUUUUGAGACUGUUUUAUAUUUGGUGGCCUUAAAUUCCAUUUAAUGGGGAGUGGAGAUCAGUUUUUUGUAAGAAACACUGGGAUGCAUUGGACACAACAUCUCAAAUGAUUCAGCAAAUGUUGACAAAAAAUUGUAACUCACAAUUCUUGAAAUUAGCCAUGUUUCCAGAUGUUAGAAGUGCUUGUUAAGUGCUAGUUACUCCUCUGUAGUUACUUGAGAUCAACUUUGAAAAAUAAAGUAUUUUUUUAAUACUUU